GCGUGAUGGAGCACUUUGUUCCCUCAGUAGCUGCAGACACGGUUUCUGCUCCCAGUGUCCCGCUGCAUUAGUAAUGACUGCACGUCCCUCCUCAGACAGACAGACCUCGGCCCGCUAUCGCGGUUCAUCCUCCUCUUCAGCUGUAGGUCAUGUAAGUCUCUCGCAGAAACCAAACUUGUAGGCGUUGAUUCCCGGACAGAACCAUGACCACCCAGCUGCAAACCGCCAUGGAGGGCCUCAUCGCCGUGUUCCACUCCUACUCUGGGAAGGAAGGGGACAAGUACAAGCUGAGCCGCGGGGAGCUGAAGAACCUUCUGCAGGGGGAACUCAGCGACUUCCUGUCGGCCAGCAAGGACCCCUGUGUGGUGGAGAAGAUAAUGCAAGACCUGGAUGAGAACCAGGACGGGGAGGUGGACUUCCAGGAGUUCGUCGUCCUGGUCGCCGCGCUGACCGUCGCCUGCAACGAGUUCUUCAUCGACGCCGUUGAGAGCUCCCGCAAAGCCGCCAAGAAAGUCUGAUUCCAGUUGAUCAAUGACCUUUUCCAUGACUCAUUUCAGACG